AUGGCUGAGUUGAAUUUGGGGAAGGGGCUGACUGCAGGGAAAGUGGCCAGCAACGUUCAGAAAAAGCUAACGAGAGCCCAAGAGAAGGUUCUUCAGAAGCUUGGCAAAGCCGACGAGACCAAAGAUGUUGCUUUUGAAGAGGGAGUGAUCAACUUCAACAAACAAUAUACUGAAGGCAGCAAACUGCAAAGGGACCUAAGGGCAUACCUGGAGGCAGUUAAAGCCAUGCACGAGUCCUCCAGGAACGUGCAGGCGUGUUUGGCUGACAUGUAUGAGCCGGACUGGUACGGCAAGAACGAAGUGGAUUCCAUCGUGGAGGAUUGUGAUGUGCUGUGGACUGACUACCACCAGAAGUUGGUUGAUCAUGCUCUCAUCUCCAUGGAUACUUACCUGGGCCAGUUUCCUGAUAUCAAGGCACGUAUAGCUAAGAGGGACAGGAAGCUGGUCGAUUACGACAGCGCCAGGCACAACUAUGCCACCACACACAAGGCCAAGAAAAAGGAUGGGGGCAUUAAAAUUACCAAGCCUUCCUCCUUGUUGGAGAGGGCCACUCCAGGCUGGGCUCAGGGUAUCUUGUCUGCCCACAAUGUUGCCCAGAGCAGUCUGUCCAGGAGCCAGGCUGAGGAAGAGUUAGAAAGAGCCCAGAAGGUGUUUGAGGAGAUUAAUAUUGACUUGCAAGAGGAGUUACCUUCACUCUGGAACAGUCGUGUUGGGUUUUACGUCAGCACCUUCCAGAGUUUGGCUGGUUUUGAGGAGAAGUUCCACAAGGAAAUAAGCCGGUUGGAUCAGGAUUUGUAUAACGUCUUGGAGAAACUGGAGGGAACAGAUACAAGAAAGACAGGUAAAAGCGACGCCUCAUCAUCAGGAACAAAUAGGAGUGGAAAAGAAGCAUCUAACCACAGUCUCAGGCCAGGAGGACCACCACCAAUCCCCAAAUCUCCAUCCAAGCUAAAGCCAGCAGUGCCUCCCCCACCCAAGGUGACCCCGUCUAAGGAGCUGAAGACAGAGAACAUCAUCAACCUGUUUGAUGCUGCAGCUGCUCCUGAUAUCAGCGUCACUUCUCCAACAGAGCCUGCAAACUGGGACUCAUGGCCUGAGGACAGUGGUGCCCAGGAAGAGGACACCCAUGUGCACUAUGACCCAGUGACUGCAGCUGCAGAUGCCUGGGGGGAUGACGGUUCGCAGCCUGUCCGCUAUGACCCCAUAGCAGCCGCCACCGAGGGCUGGGGGGAUGACGGAACCAAACCAGUUCGCUAUGACUCUGUGGCUUCGGCUGAGGAGGGAGGGGGGGUUGAUGAGAGCCAGCGGGUUCGGUCCGACCCCAUGGCCGAAGCCCAGGAGGCCUGGGAUGAUGAUGGCAGCCAGCCGGUCACAGAGGUACCUGCCACGGAGGAUGAAACACCUGCAGCUGAGGCUCCGGCUGAGGCCGCUGAGGAAGAAGCUGCGCAAGCUUCCGCUGCGUUGGAUGAUGAAGAGGGUCAGGGUGAGUCUGCAGCAGCUGCUGCAGCAACAGUGGAAGAAGAAGCGACUGAGAAGACACCUGUAGCUGCAGAAGCACCAGAACCAACAGAAGAAGCAUCAGAGCCUGCAGAAAUGCCACCUGGCUUCCUGUUCAAGGUCCAAGUGAUGCAUGACUAUGCCGCCAACGACACAGAUGAGCUGGAGAUGAAGGCUGGCGACGUGGUGCUAGUAAUCCCCUUUGACAACCCUGAAGAACAGGAUGAUGGCUGGCUGAUGGGAAUGAAGCAGGACGACUGGCAGCAGAACAAAGAAAAUGCCGCUAAAGGGGUAUUUCCUGAAAACUUCACCCAAAGGCUGUGA